GAUUGGUACAUAGUACAUACUUAUAACCUUUCUGUGGAUGUUUUAAUUAAUUCUUAAACAAUUAAUAUUGUUUAUUACCGUAGAGUAUAAUUAAUUAUUAUAUUAGGAAAAUCCACUGAGAAUCCUAUAAUUUAUAUAUACAAUGAAUGAAUAAAGGUUUUGUGGGGGCUUAUGCACUAUAACCGCUGCGCCGUGCCCACUGCGCAAAUGAACAAAAUAAUCCGAGUAGUGUAAGUGUAUGUGUUUUUUCUUUUAAAAUGGCAUCGGCCAGCACGGAAAUACAAGAACGCUAUAGACUGUACAAAUUUACAAAAGUGUUAACGCUAAAAGUGGCUCAGAUCGUGGUUCAGAGUAGACAAGGCAAGAAAAUAAGCCAUGACUGCAAUCCAAAACCCGAUAAUGGAAUGGAAACUAUGCCUCCUUUACAAUGGUUCAACCUGUCAAUACCUGAUGAACCAAGAGUUAACGAAGAAACGAAACGUGUCCUCAACGGAGAAGUAAUUGAUGCACUUACAAAAGUUUUGUGUAUAGAGAUAUACUUACGGACCAAUGAUGGUGAUGAGAUGAUACUUGAGUUGUGGACGGUAAAGUUGAUGCCAGGAUGCGACAUUUGCUCACCCUCUAUGGUUUACUACCGAAUGAGCGUUAUGUUGAAGUCAACAUUGACAAUAUCGAGAAUAACACCAGCUUAUAAAUUGGCACGAGCGCAGAAUAAGGAAUCAUACAAGAUUUACCACAAAAUAUAUGGUGGUGAACCAAACUAUCAGAUAUUGGGUGAGAAAAACAAAACAGUCAAAGUGAGUGAGCUGCGUACACCUAUUGGCACAAUACUUAUAGAAGUUUCAUACAGAACGAAAAUGACUAUAUUGCCUGAAGAUAGGCUCCAAUAUACUCAAACCCAAAAGAAACAGGUGAACAGUGAUAUCAUGGUGAAGAGUGAUCACUUUUACAGUGAAAGUCCUAAAAUACCAAGGAGAACUCAUAAUGAGAAAAAGGAGCUUGAUUUAUCUAAACCACUUACGGCAGGAGCGUUUGUAGAUCAUGCCAAAAUGAAAGAGCUACAUGAAUCCCUAAGUCAACAAUUGCCACCGGAACCACCUAUGGCGUGGCUGCUUGCUGAGAAAGAAAGGAUGGAAAAUAAAAUGAAAAAGUUAGCAAUUGGUGAACGUCCCAGGAUAGAGCAACCAGGGCCCAGUGAAGCGUCCACGUCAUCGGGCCACGUUGUAAGCAAGGCGAUAGAAGUGCCAAAACCCAAGAACACUGAUAAGUACUCUGCAUUGAUGGAAUUUCCAUUUGCGGAUGGCAGUCCAAUAGCAGAACUGGCAAACUUCUACCAAGAAUGUUUGCAGGCGCGGUCUGUAAGCGACGAAUGGACUGAACUUCUAGAGGGUUCUGUGUCCACCGACUCGGAGACACUUUCUAAACAACUGAAGAUGUUCGAAGAUGCAGUUCCAGAGUUCGACAGCAUGGUGGCAUCAAUGUUUAGUAACUCAGAGACAGGCUCAGAAAACUUCUAAACUGACAGACUUUUUAUUCAUAAUGCAAUAGAAAUUUUGCUAUUUACACUCACUCACCUUGACUUAUGUGGUCCCUUAAACAAUGCGGGUAUUUACACCAAGAGAAGACAUGCUUUGAAUAGCACAAUUAUAAUCAAUAUAAUAUGACACGAUGUCUACUCGUACCCAAAAUUGUGACCACUAACUAACGAGGCUUCUGAAAAGAUCAGUCAAUGAAUAAGUAAACUACAGUUUAUUAAACAAGUUCAUUAAACUGGUAAGUGAACAGGGCAUGCCCUGCCGUUGUAUAUAUUCAAUAUACUAUUAUUAAGGUGUUUAGCACCAUUGGUAGAUUUGUGGAUUGUAGAAAAUAGUCAUUUUUAGGUAAUAGCUUCACAUAUCCAACUAUUAUGUGCGUUUGCUAGUAACAUUGAUGUUUGAUGUCUUAUUUAUUUGAACAGUUGUGUCGAAGCCUUAUUUAUUUUUUUUACUUUGUUUCAUUUUAUGAACCUGACCAAAAUUAUGUUAUGACACAGAGAUGUAACAUUGUAAUUGGUGUAUAAAUAUAAUGCUCUAAGUCAUAAUGAUAAGACUGAGACGGAAAGCGAAUGUUGAGUACUAGGGAAUGAAAUAAGGGAAAUGUCGACUGAAAUUUUGACUAAUUUGCUAUGAUGUGUACUCAUUUUCAAUUGUUGGUUAUUAGAAAAUUAAUAUAUCAUGUUAUAUAUCAAAUUAUAUUGUAUUGGCUUAAUGCAACAAAUAUAUCUAAAUAUUGAUGUUGAAAUGGCAUAAUAUUUAUAAAUUUAAGUAUUUAUAGAUUAAGUAGUACUUAUGAAUGUUGGUGUUUGGAUAGUUUAUAUGUGAUUCUCCUAUAAACUUCCUGCAUCUUCGCUCACAAUGAAUAGAAGUGGGGUUCACUUACGUACAAGUGACUUUCUUGGACAUAGACCUGGUGAUCAUAGAAGGCAUUAAUUACUAAUUUUAAACAAAUGAAAUAAACGCAGCCCAUUAACUAUUUUUGUGCCAGCAAUUAUUCUAAAACUAUCGUAAUACUCAUAGUCUAAUAUCUUGAAACCAGGUAACCGUUUACUAAAGGGCCCAGUGGGUACAAGAAUGGCCUAUGUACUUGAAUUUAAAUUUUUCAAAUAACUUGUCAGUGUUUUUUUUUUAAUAUAUUUCGUACAUAUGCCAUAAAACCUCAUAUUCAUAAUAUAAUGUAUGUAAUUUUAAAUUCAUAUAUACAAAAAAAAAAUCUCUACAAAAACAUUUGGCCGUUCUUGUGCUUGUUUUCUUUAAUAUUAAAUGGUGUGGUUGGUAGUAUUACACAACUAUGACAGAAAUUUACCGCGUUAAUAAAAACCGUAAAUAGGCAACGUUUUUGCGAGGUUUCAGUUUAUUAUUAUUUAUUCAGAAUAGUGAUUAAAUGUGUAGUAGUAAGGUCCAUAGUAAAUAGUGGUGUAUCACUGAGUAAAAGUUGGUGUCCUUGUAGGAAAACAUCGUCAGUAAACCUGUAUAAGAUCUCUAUUGAAAAUUUGAGAGUGUAAAGUCUACCAAUCCGCGCUAGGCUAGUAUUGUGAACUAAGGCGUAAUCCCUCUCAGUAGUAGAGGAGGCUCGUGCCCAACAGUGGCACAGUAUAUAAUACAGGGCUGAUAUUAUCACCUAGUGCCUGAUUUAAUCAGCAAACCGGAUAUUUGUCAGUGAUGUGACACUAAAAUGCUCUUAGUAUGUACUUAAGUAAAUUGUACUAUUAGAUUAACGAAUAUUGACAUAUAUCAGAGAUUAUUAAAGUAUUUGAUAAUAUUUUUUAUAGAAAAUAUCAGCAAAUAAAUUAGUUACUUGUGCCAAAAGUUUCAGGAAUGCAAUAAACAAAAAUAUUUAAUUCUGGAAAGCAGUUACCUAAUAACCGACUUCAGAGGAGCGGGAAGUUCUUUCGUGGAGUCCUCAAUUUGGUUUAAUAUUUUUUGAUAUGCUGUCAUGGCCGAUAUUUAAAUGUUUCGCAUAAAACUUUGAUAAUAACCACGGCUUGUGCUAUAUCUCAUUACAAAAGAUUCGAAUAUUACAGUGUAACUUUAUGAGUGCUCGCAUAUAUAACUUAUUACCAUUGUGCCUUGGACUUAACCUGCCUAAUAGUUUGCCUUCAGCUAUCUCGUUGUGUAAUAACAAAUUAUAAUGUUAUCAUAAUUAAAAGGAUUAAUAAUUCAGAGCUGUGAAGUGAAUUUAGAGGUAUUAAAGAAUAUUUUGAACUAGAUAUUACUUUAAGACAGAUUAUAUUAGUAUAGACACGUAUUAUUCCAAUAAUUAUAAAACAUUAGCUGUGUAAUUCUAUUAAUCCACCGCAUCUGCCCGAUAGCACGUGUUAAAAUUUACUGUAAUCGCGCGCAAGUGCCAGUACUAUUAAAAAUGUAUGAUCUGAAGUUUGUCCUUUUACUAGUCUGUGUUGCACUUCAGUGACGUUAGCUGUAAUUCUGUAUAACAAUUAUUGUACGAGACAAUCGCGUUAAGCUUGCGUUUUACUUCCCUUCCCACCCCGUCGGAGAUGACUGGCUCUUGCGCGUGGACUAUAUUCAUCACAAUUAUGAAUAUUCGUACUAUAAAUUUUCGCAGUUAUGUGCCUUACCCAACAACUUCGUUAAGAUAGCAAGCGUGUGCCAAUUGUAUAAUAUUAAUGGUAAUAAUUACAUCGAAUAAUCUAAAAGUUAUUACACUCCAUCCAGAGUUGGAACAAAUGUUUGGCGCUGUAUAAUAAAGCGAAUUCUUAUAACGAGUUGUGUCUAUCAUGAAUACUGUUAAUUAUGUUGUAAUAAAAAGUUAUUUUAAUAUCAGUUUUGAUAUACUUAAAUACUAAUAGGUUUUCAUACAAUUGUCCGAUGCAGAUAGAUAAUAGUUUAAUCAAGAGUUUAAUCCAAGCUAGAUGCUUGGAUUAAACUGAUGGACCAUUCAUACGUAUUGAAUGGCUCAAUCGUAUUCCUUUAACGUUAAUGGGGGUAAAUGGUAAUUUUUAAUGAUAUUGGUACAUUAUUAUUGAAAAAAAUACAUAAAUAAAUAUUCGGAAAUAGUAACAUUCUUAUAGUCCUCAUCGUCGACUUUUUAAGGGGGCAAAUCUUAAUUCACUAUCGUAUUUUCUAUUAACUAUCCCCCUUAUUCAUAAACGUUAUUUCUCUAAGGACGGAGCACUGUGAUAACAAGUCUGUUUCUCAGCUUUGUUUAUCUGACGGCUUACUGUUUGUUCAGCUUUGUUUAUCUUCAGCCAACUAGAUUCAAGUUGUAUCUCAAUAUUAGCCAAUCACAACGGCCCUAUGUCUACGCAAUGCGAAGGCUGCCAUGCCGUCAGCACCGAGAAACAGACUUUUUAUCACAGCAAAGAUGGAGCUUAGAUAAAUAACGUCUAUGGGUAUGUCAACACAAUUCAACUGCACGCCAGACUUAGCUCGGAAGUCUAUAGUUAACUAUAACUAUAACUUAACUAAUAACUAUAUAACCAAUACGAAAAGUUGAGAAUUAUUUACGUUAAAAUCUAAUUUUGUUACUUAAUACUCUGAUAAAUAGUUCAAAAUUAACGAUUUGUACUAAUUUCUACUUGUGUUGUUUUGACUUGGUUUUCUGUUCUAAAUAAGGUUACACGUUCUUUUUUUGGGUUUCGGCGACCCUGUUGUAAACAGCGGGGGAAUCUGCGAAUGAGAUACGGGAAUCUCCCGGCUUAGCGCUGAAGGGACCUGGUGUAGAGUGGAGAAGAGUGGCGGAAGAAUGGGAACUAACUAUAUUGGGCGGGGAGAAAAUAUAUAAUAUAGACUGAACUAGCCCAGGCUCGUGCGAAAUGACCCCCGAACAUGGCCGUGUAUCCGGUGUGACGAUCGAACGCACAAAAAAAACUGCAUUCAUUCAACUUGUUUUGUUUUAUGUGUAUCGGACCCCCGCAGUAAAAAUCAGGGGAAACCUGCGAAUGGGAUACUGGAAUUCCAUGGUUUAGCGACUGCAUGGGCCCGGAGGAAGGUUGGGAGGUAAUGUCUGAGAAAGGAAAGUGUGGGGGGAGGAAAAGAAACCCUCUUAGGAUGCGAGGAGGGGGAAGGCCAGGAAAUGAUCGCGAGCUUAUAGGUCUCAAUGUGUAUUGUUACCCUAGAGAUAUAAUGUAACUGUGUGCACAGGGCCUCGGCAAAUGUCCCCCCGUGCAUGGGCAUACAUUAGGUGUGGAGACCAAGCGCGCGAGAAUUUCCUUUGGUUCAAUUUGUUCGUGUCCUAUUCAGUGUUAGUUCUAGAAGUGUCUAAUAUAUUCAUACAUACUUAACGCCUAAAUUAAGAAGGGUUCGGUAUAAAGCUACGGUAUACUUUAACUAACCCAUACAUGCAAACUAAUAAACUAAUCCACAUACUUAUCACAAGUUCAAACAAAUUUGCUGUAGGACUGUUGUACAGCUCUGCUGGAUACUUUGUAUAGUAACAUUUGACAUUUGAGUAUACAGACUACACUAGACGUAGAGGUCAAGAGGCAUGUCUGGUCGACAGGGUUAAAUCGAUUAUAUAAAUCGAUUGUAAUUUGACUCCACUGACCGCAUGGAUUAAUAUCGAUAUAUCACUAUGGUCAAUGAGAAUAAUAACAUCAAGGGAUUUAUGGUCAAUUGAACGUGUAACCUUUUAAAUUAAUCGUUGCAUUACGUAACUGCAUUAUUUUCCAUCGAAUUGUGUAAAUGUGUUGUACACCAGUAUUUUUCGACCCUGAACCACAGUAAAACGAUUAUCGAAUCUUAUAAGCGGUGUUUUGCUUAAAUUCUUUGCAUCCUGGUGUAAUAAAAAAAACGACGUCCCAAUAACACAAAGAUGUAUCUAGAUUUGAGCAAUUUGAGAAAAUAUAUAUAUAUUUUUUUAAUGUAGGUUUAUAAAGUAAUAAUCGGUUGUUUAUUAGGUUAGUGAUUAUUGUAUUGUUAUGAGGGGCUUAUUUUAAUAUAUCUUUACUCAAAUCGAUCAAAACUACAAGGUAACAGAUUAAAUAAUACCAUUUCAAUAAAUAUUAACUGUUCCAGGGACGGAUGAAUUAUAACGCCAUCUUAAUGGCCUUCUGUCCACCUGUUAUAGCUGUUUUCUAUAAACGAUCCCGAUCCCGAUCCCGAUCUCAAUCUCUAAUCCGAUUCUGAGAAUGAACUAAUCAAUAUAACUCGUUUUGUAAGCAUGUCAAAAAAUCUUUGUUCUGAUUGGUCCAUUUCAGCGAUAGAUCGAAAAAAGUGAUUGGGAUCGUUGAUUGAAAAUGGCGGUAAGAGGAUCAAAGUGCUAAGCUAAUGUCGACCUUAUCAGUCUUACUUGUAAAACACAAAUUUACUCGAUCAGCUGUAAGUCAAUACCCGCCAUCUUGUCACUUAAUUAGGAUUAAACUAAAAAACCGGUGAUGUUUUUGACAACUAUUUAAGCAAUUCUGAACCACCUCUUAACGCUAAAACAAAUUUAUAAGUAAGACUAUAUAUUCUAAACAACGUAUACUGGAGCGUUCAAUUCAAUUACGUUUAUCACAUAUGAUAGUUCAGGAGCGUCCUCAUUUAGGACAGAAAAUAAGCAAGUCGCAAAUCGCAAUAUUAUGCAUUGGAAAAUACUAGCGUACAUUUGUAUGUGUGUGAGCUUUUGUGUAUGGCAUUAUUAUUAUGAAUAUACUUAAUCAGUACUCGUAAAGAUCUAGUUACAUAUAGUAUCUAGACAAUAGGUUAUAAUGUUUGAGCUUGAAUUAUAUAGGUCGUUGAUUAUAGAAUUGUAAUUAUGAUAUAUUUAUAAAGGCGGUGUCAUAUUAAUAUAUUUAUGCUAAGUUAAUCUAUUUUAUUUUCAUGGAAAUUUAUGAGGGAAAUGUCUACGAGCAAUUUAUUUGGGGGUUGGAAUGUGAAAUAGCAUUUAUUUUUGUCUAGUUUACAUGAUAGAAUGAAUAAUAAUAUGAAAGUGUUAAAAAUGUUAUUUUGGGUUGUAAGUUAAAUAGGUUUUGAAAUUUUAAGUAGGGCAUUUUGGGUUUUGUGAACUCUAUCCCUACUCUGUUUCUAUAGGUCGGUUCACUAAAGCUGGCACUCCCAUAAUACCCACACCAACACAAUUUUACACAGUAUGUUAGAAAAAAAAUUCAUAUCAUUACAAUUGAUGGCACAGAUACAUAGAUGCAAAUAUUAUGCUAUAUUUUUUGUGUUUGUUAAUGAUUCGUGAGCCUUAAGUUGUCAUGACAACUGACAUAAUCAGUCUUACUUAUAAACUGUUCUAGAGUUAUAAACUUGUUUUAGCGUUAAGAAUAGCUGUCAAAAACAUCACGGUUCCUAGUUUGAACCUUAUUAAGAGCAAGAUGGCAGGUUUUGACUUACAGCUGAUCGGGUAAAUUUGUGUUUAACUAAGAAUAGCUUUGCGAAAAUUUUAUAAGUAAGACUGAAGAUGUUUAUUAUCUGAUGCUACCCAUUCUUAACAUAUGCAUAUGUUAUACGGCCCAGCUAUAGAUAAUCGACGUAUAAAUAAGAUUGAUAAAAACUUUUAUUAAUGAUAUUUAACAAGUCAUUUCAUGCGGAUUUCGACACUGAUACCAAAUUUCUUAGUUGCUAAUUGCAUGUUGUCUACUUUAUUAGUUUUCUUACACACUACAAUUAAUUUACAAAGACUGGAAAUCAAUAUAAGAAGGUAGGUUUUCCUCAGUCGAAUACUCCUUUUGCGUGGGAAACUACCACUAUGACAGGCUAUUCUAAAUUUCAAAAUUCUAAAUAUUUAAUAAUUUUAUAUGCUAUAGUUUAAUCGACCGUACAGUAAUUUAAGCUUAUUAAUGUGUGACAUAUGAAAGCAUCCUAUUGCGCUGACGUACGAAGUGGGGAAUUAAAUAGAACCGAAAUCAAUCAUAUUCUAAAGAACUUUAAAUUGAAUUUGACAUAAAUAUACGGACGUUUUCAAUAAACUUUUUUCUAUUUAUCACUAAAAUGGACCAACCAGAAUAAUUUUCUUUGACAUGCUUCUAAAUUAAAUAUUUUGAGUUGAUAUGUUCGGAGAUUGGAUCGAGUCGUCGUAUAAGCCAGUUUUAGAUUAGAAUCGUUUAUUGAAAACGGCCGAUU